UGUUUAUGUAUGGUAGAUAGAGUGGCCAGCCGGUGGCUUUCCCCUCUGUUUUACCCUCCUCUAUCUAUAUAAAAAGGAUAACUUUCGUCUCCUUCGCACCCUCUCAUAACCAUUCUCGCUCUCUCUCUUUCUCGAUUCCUUGGGCGUUUCUUUCUUUCUUUUGAGUGCAGCGAUUUUCUCCUUUCUGGGUUCAUUUUCUUUCAGGGAGAGAAAAUAAUGGCAGGUUUUUCUUCUUCUUCUUCAAUGGCAGUCAUUGGAAUGGUGGCGAUCUUUGCUCUAUUGUUCGCCAUUGUUUCCCCGGCUGUGGUGGUGGAAGCCCAGUCUCCGGCUCCUGCCCCUGCCCCUACCAGCGAUGGGACUUCAAUUGACCAAGGGAUUGCAUAUUUGCUGAUGUUGGUGGCGCUGGUGCUCACAUACCUCAUCCACCCUCUCGACGCCUCAUCCUACUGCAACCUCUUCUAGUUUUCCAAUUUUAGGACUUUAGAUGCGUUAGAGCAGAGGCCAGGGUUUUGUAAUGGAAUUGCUUUGUUCAUAUUUGUUACCAUGGGUGAGGAGGAAUUGUUUUUUUCUUUGGUGGGGUUCAUUUGUAUUCGCAAAUUGAAUGAAUGGUUUUAUCGAUUUGUUGAAUGAAUUUUACUUUCUCUGCU